AUGGAAACUCUUCAAGACAAACAACCUGGAUUCUUCAACAAAAAAAUUGAAGUUAUUGAAGAAAAAGGGGAGUUCAGUGUUCCAAGCUGCUAUGGAAAUAUUAAAAAUGAUAACGGUGGUUCUAGCCUUGAUUUUGAGUAUCUUUUGGAUGAUGUAAAUGUGGUUGAUUUGAAAUGGAUCCAUAACUUUGUGUUGAAAUCUCUGGAACUUUUAUAUCAAGUGGAAAAAUGGGAAACACUGGUAUCACUUGCUAUCCAAUUCAAUACAAUUUCACAUGAGAGAUACACAGAGCAAGUGACACCACUCCUGGUGUAUGCACAGCGUCAGCUUCUUCUAAGAAUAUCCAAGUUCAAUGGCCCGGAUGUUACCCAACAACCUUGUGCAAGAUAUGAGGCUGAAUACAAAGAGAAGAUAACCUGCCGAAAUUUCAUUGGGAAGCAGCUCAAGAUUAAUCCUUCAACCAGUGAAGUAACAGGCACAGAAAACUGCGCAGAUAUCCUAAAAAAGUUUGUCUAUUCAGAAUACAGCCACGCCAAAGAGCUCGUCUGUGUGCCUGUGGAUGUGACAGACACUUUGAGAUGUUUUAGAGAGACGCUGGAAAAAUCCAGAUAUCAUAACAGAUCAAUCCGACACAGCAGAAAAUUACUUUCGUUAUUCCUUGCACAGACACAAGGAGAUAAAGGAGGAAUAAACAAUUCGAAAUUUACUACUGGAAAGGUGGAAUUUUGCCUGGGGACAGAAGAGAUGCAUAUGCCAACACCGCCCAACCUCUCUCAGGAACACUUCAGAGUUUUCAGUUCAGUGGAGAAAAGUAAACUUCCCAAUUCGCAAUUGGGACUCGUAAUUUCCUCUUAUUAUGAAACCAUUGGGCUGCUUUUAGAUGUUGGUGUCAAGCUCUUGAUGACAUAUUCAAAAAAGAAGAUGUGCUGUAUACAUGGAAAGAGUUUGGUACCUCGCUCACCGAUGCCACCAAAAGCUAUUCACCUCCAGGUUCCAAAGAUUAUAGGUUUGCUUAGAACCACACUUCCACACCCCAAAGCUAAGCAUUGCUAUGCUCAGUAUGAAAUCACUCAGCUUCUCCCAGGCAUCGAGCUCUUCUCAGACAGAUACAGGGCUGAUAUUUGCUCUGUAGUCGCAAAUUCUGCCUCUCCUUGCAUUGUACCAAUAUUUUGUGUCUGGAAUUUGCCAAGACCUCGUCAGAAAUCUAGAAGCAAGGAUCCUCAAGAGCUGACUCCAGCCUACCAGCUGGGCAUUACUGAGUGUGGAACCGGGACAAGAUAUGGACGGUCUCCUCUUGCAUUUGGGAAGCUAUGUUUAAAGGAUGAUGGAAGCUCACUUGGUCAGUUUGUAAAAAUGAAAGAUGACUUCACUUUUAGCACAGUGAAGUCGAUUUUACUGACAGAAGCUGAGGACAGACUAAACUUCCUUGUGUCAGAGAUAGAGCAUCCAGGCCACAAGAACCUCUCUCAGUGUUGUGCUGGUGAGUUGGAGAUUGUGGUGGAGGCCAGGCUUCAGCUGGCGGCAAUCGCCCUGCAGAGACACCGGGCGGCAUACAGUGAUGAAAAUCCAUUUAGCCCAUUUUGGAGCAGUGACUCUCAAAAUGUGGUCUGCAGAUUUCGAGGGGAGUCUCCAAGACCCUUUCAAGGGGAACUGUAUGCGGAGAGUGCAGGCGGCUUCGCGGUGGGCUCUGGGGAGCCGGGCGCGGUGGCCAUGCAGGCCCCAGACGACGGCGACCGCAGCGGCAGCGAGGGCGGCGAGGGGCGCUCUGGCAGCCCUGAGGGCAAUGGGGGCCCUGGCGGUGGCGAGAGAGCAGAGGGCGAGGCGGCCGGUGCCCCUCCUCAGGCCGGGCAGGCACCGCAGGCCCUGGGGCCUGGUGGGGAUGCGGUGCCUGUAGCUGUGGCAGCGGCAAGCCGACUGCUGGAGUUCAUGCUCACUGUGCCUUUCCGGUCACCCCUGGAGGCAGAGAUGGCCCGCAGGUCCCUGGCCCCACAUGCCCAACGCCACCGAGGGGUGGUUCGGAAGGAGCUUACAGUGAACGGCAGCGCCCUGGCCGUUAGAUGGACUGCUGAAGACCCAGUCUUCUUCCGAAUUUCGAUCAACUCCUUCCUCGACCGGCUUUCCCUGGUGAUCCGAAACGUUCGGGGCUUUGGGUCCCCUCCUCCGGGAAGCCUAGGCCCAGGAAAGGGAGCUGAGGCCUAG